AAAUCUCAAAACCUUCUCUUCUUAGUCCUCGAGUACGUCGCCCUCCACGUGUCCCAUACAAAUUUUUACCUAUAUACCGCGACACACCACCACUCACGUUUUCCCUCGUAGGAAGAUCGCAACCUCCCCCACAUAUUUCCUGCCUUUUACCGCCACCGGUUUUCACCGUUGGCUUCGUCGGAGGAUCCGAAGCCUAAACGAGACAACACUUUCCACCUUCUGACGGUUCCACAAAGUCAACGUCGGCCAAUUCCUAAAACUCUCCAACUCCUGGUUCCUCCGGCAACAGCCAACGGCAGCUCUCACAUUCAUCCCUCUUAGUACUGGCAUUGUAUAACUAAUGGCGGCAGAAGAAGACAAAUCUCAGACGAAGGUUGUCUACCUCCAUGGCGACCUUGAUUUGAAAAUUCUCGAGGCUCGAUGUUUGCCCAACAUGGAUAUGGUCUCGGAGCGCCUCCGCCGCUUCUUCUCGGCCUGCAGCAAACCUUUCACACGCCCGGCGGCCCACCACUCCCACGGCAAAAUCAUCACCAGCGACCCAUACGUCACCGUCUGCCUCGCCGGUGCUACAGUAGCUCGCACCCGCGUCAUUUCCAACUCCCAGAACCCCGUCUGGAAAGAGCAUUUCAAGAUCCCCCUGGCUCACCCUGUCUCGCAGGUCGAAUUCUACAUCAAAGACAACGACAUGUUUGGCGCAGAUUUAAUCGGCGUCGCGUCCGUCUCGGCGGUUAGAAUCCUUUCCGGCGAAACGAUCAGCGAUUGGUUCCCUAUCAUCGGGCCGUUGGGCAAGCCGCCGAAGCCGGACGCGGCCGUUAAGCUCGAGAUGCGGUUCACGAAAUGCGAGGACAAUCCCAUGUACCGGCACGGUAUUUCAAAUGAUCCAGACCACUUCGGGAUCCGAAACUGUUAUUUUCCGGUUCGGCAGGGAGGGCACGUGACGCUGUACCAGGACGCGCACGUGCCGGAGGCGAUGCUGGAGGAGAUUGAACUGGACGACGGCGUUACUUUUCAGCACGGGAGGUGCUGGGAGGAUAUCUGCCACGCGAUAUUGGAGGCGCAUCAUUUGGUAUAUAUUGUGGGAUGGUCAAUAUAUCAUCAGGUGAAGCUGGUGCGGGAACCGACGAAGCCUCUGCCGAGUGGCGGGAAUUUGAACUUGGGGGAGCUGCUUAAGUACAAGUCCGAAGAAGGCUUGCGAGUUCUUCUGCUCGUUUGGGAUGACAAGACUUCUCACAGCAAAUUCUUCAUCAAUACGAAUGGAGUGAUGCAAACUCAUGACGAAGAGACCCGCAAGUUCUUUAAGCACUCUUCGGUUUCAUGCGUGCUUGCACCUCGAUAUGCCAGCAGUAAGCUUAGCAUUUUCAAGCAACAGGUUGUUGGAACCCUGUUUACACAUCACCAGAAAUGUGUGAUUGUGGAUACACAAGCAUCUGGAAAUAACCGAAAGAUAACCGCCUUCAUAGGAGGUCUAGACCUCUGUGAUGGCCGCUAUGACACUCCCGAGCAUCGCCUCUUUCGAGACCUCGACAGUGUUUUCCAGGAUGAUUAUCAUAAUCCCACAUUUUCUGGAGGAACAAAGGGUCCAAGGCAACCGUGGCAUGAUUUGCAUUGCAAGAUAGAAGGGCCGGCUGCCUAUGAUGUGCUUACCAAUUUUGAGCAGCGUUGGAGAAAAUCCACAAAAUGGUCGGAGUUGGGCCAACGAUUCAAAAGAGUAUCUCGCUGGCAUGACGAUGCUUUGAUAAAAUUGGAGCGCAUCUCAUGGAUACUUAGUCCCUCCCCAUCAACUGCCAAGGAUGAUCCCGCCUUACGGGUUUCAGAUGAAAAUGACCCUCAAAACUGGCAUGUUCAGGUUUUUCGAUCCAUAGAUUCUGGAUCUCUGAAGGGAUUUCCCAAGGAUGUUUAUAAAGCAGAGGCUCAGAAUCUUGUUUGUGCCAAGAAUUUGGUAGUAGACAAGAGCAUACAAACAGCAUACAUUGAUGCAAUCCGAUCUGCACAACACUUCAUAUACAUUGAGAAUCAGUAUUUUGUCGGAUCGUCGUAUGGAUGGCCAGCUUACAAAGAAGCAGGUGCUGACAAUUUAAUCCCGAUGGAAUUGGCGUUAAAGAUUGCGAGCAAGAUAAGAGCAGACGAGAGAUUCGCAGUUUAUAUCGUCAUACCAAUGUGGCCAGAGGGUGUUCCCUCCUCUGCUUCUGUGCAAGAAAUUCUCUAUUGGCAGGGACAGACAAUGCAAAUGAUGUAUGAAGUCGUAGCAAAAGAGCUGAAAGCCAUGAAAGUGGAGAAUGCUCAUCCGCAGGACUACCUAAACUUCUACUGUCUUGGAAAUCGGGAGAAGGUGCCGGACACGCUAUCCUGUCACGUGAAUCAAGCUAACAGAAACGGAGAAUCUCACACGGUUUCGGCGUCCCAAAAGUUUCAACGGUUUAUGAUUUACGUACAUGCCAAGGGAAUGGUGGUAGACGAUGAGUAUGUGAUCAUAGGUUCCGCAAAUAUCAACCAACGAUCUAUGGCGGGUUCUAGAGACACCGAGAUAGCCAUGGGCGCAUACCAGCCCCACCACACUUGGGGUAAGAAGAAGCGUCAUCCUCGUGGCCAGGUGUAUGGGUAUAGAAUGUCACUUUGGGCAGAACACUUGGGGAUGGUGGACAAAUGCUUCAAGGAGGCUGAAACGUUGGAUUGUGUGAAGCGUGUGAACGCUAUCGCUGGAGAUAACUGGACGAGGUUUGUGGCGGAUGACUUUGCACCAUUACAAGGGCAUUUGAUGAAAUACCCGGCUGCGGUGGAUGUCAAUGGGAAGGUAAGUGCAAUUCCUGGACGAGAGAGUUUCCCUGACGUCGGUGGUAAGAUCCUCGGAGGCCGAACUACCCUUCCUGAUGCACUCACUACAUAACUUUAAACAUUAGGCAGGCUGCAGACUCCUUCAAUUUUUUCUCCCAUGUUUAUAUUUUCAUCACCAUUCGAUACGAAAAUGCUGACCUGAUUGAAAGAAGGGGUUCCAUACUAUACAAAAGGUGUGGGAGCGUACAAGUAUUAGUGACAAAUCGAUCGCAAGCACCCUAUUACUGGAAUGAAUUUAGGGUACAUAGCUCUUGUAAUUUAUCACCUCAAUAGUGUAUACCCUAUUGAAAUUAAUUCAAUUUAUUUCUUCUUUUU